AUUAUAGUUAAAUAGUCCGUUUAGAUAAUGCGUGCAUGUGAUUAGGAAAUCUCUGUGCUCUUAAAUAAGUUUAGCUUUAAUAUAAAAUAUCUGUGUACAAAUUAAUUAUUCAUUUCAAAGUUUUACUCGGUCGUGUCAUUGAACUUUUAUUUUUUUUAUUGGGAGCCGUUGACUCCAUAGAGCAGCAUGUAUAUUUCUGUAAACAUUUAAGAGUUCUCUAGUUUAAGCACCAUGUUUUUGGUGAGAUUGAAGAGUUUAUUGCAAACAGUUUGGUGGUUGCUAGCAGCAGCCAGGGUGGCGACCGCUGGCAUCUCGUGUCUUAGCAGCCCCUGCCAACAUGGUAUCUGUAUAGACGACGUCAAUACUACAUACGCAUGUUACUGCGUGGAUGGGUACACUGGGGUGCAGUGUCAGACCAACUGGGAUGAGUGUUGGUCCAGUCCAUGUCAGAAUGGAGGCACCUGCAUCGAUGGUAUUGCUUCCUACAACUGUUCAUGCCCUGAUGGUUUUAUAGGUGACAAUUGCGAAACCAACUACAAUGAAUGCGAAUCGAACCCCUGUCUCAACAACGGGACCUGCAUAGACAUGAACAAUGGCUACCUAUGCUCAUGCAUCCCAGGGUUUUCUGGAGAACAUUGCGAGCUGGACGUAGCUGUAUGCAACUCUACGGAAGAAGUUCGAUGCUACAACGGAGGUCAAUGCAUUGAAGGACCUGGAUUUAAAUUUUACUGCAAAUGCUCGCCUGGCUGGGCUGGACUGAAAUGUGAAGAUCAGAUAGACGAAUGUCAAUCCAACCCUUGUCAAAAUGGCGGCGUAUGCAUUGAUGUCCAUGCAGAUUACAUGUGCGCUUGCGCAUUCGGUUUCACGGGAAAAAGUUGCGAAGUGCAAAUAGAGUUUUGCGAUGAUAACUCUUGCAGUAACAAUGCAUUAUGUGUCGUGGAAGAUGGUGUUAGGGUCUGUUAUUGUGUGCCCGAUUAUCAUGGAGAGAGAUGCGAGUUACAAUACGAUGAGUGUUUAUUAGGACCAAGGUGCAUGAACGGUGGUACGUGUAUAGAUGGCGUAGAUAAUUUUACUUGCUCAUGCCCACCAAGACUAACUGGACCGUUGUGCGAAUGUCUUAUACUGGAAGAUGAGACUUACGAUUGUGAAUAUAUAAGUCCGACACCUAUAACUAGCUCUAGUCAAUCAAUAAUAACUACUUUGAUUGAAGAAACUACGACUAUAAAAUCUGAUUCGGAAACCACUCUCACAGAUAUUUCAACAGCUGAAACUACUCAAGUUUUAACUGAAAGAACAACUGACAUUUAUGUUCCCAGUAGUUCAGGAACUAGUACUGAUCCAGAGCCUGUUAUUACUACAGUAACAGAGGUAACAACAGAGAAAGACAAUGAAGUCACUAGUGUGUCCGAAGAAACAACAAUAUUUAUCGAAACUACAACCAUUAGAGCAGAAAUAUCAGAACUACCGGAUCAUGAAGAGACUAGACCUACUAUGGAAUCGGAUAAUGCUAAAACAGAGACUACUACAGAAUGUAGGGGAGCUUGCAAUGAUAGUACUACUCAGCAACCAACACCUACUGAAGUGGAUGCUACCACUGGGACAGUUACAGAUAGUAUCAAACUUGAUAUACCAACAAUGAUACCUACAAAAGAUAUUGCAGAGGAAACUACUGGAACCACAUCUCCUACAUUGACUACAGUUGAAGUUACUCCAGAAAUAACAACAACGCCUAAAACUGAUACAAGUACAGAUAAGAUGUUUACAGAUGUUCCUACUGAACAUCCUACUACUGACCUUCCUGCAGGAUACUCGUCGACCACUGAAACUGUAGAAGUCACUAGUGGUGUCGAUACAGAAACAUUGACGACCGUGCAGUCGGAAUGCACUGAUUCCAUUUGUAAUGAACAUGGAAGCUGUAUUAAUACUCCUCAUGGAAUUCGGUGCCAUUGCAACUUCAAUUACGGAGGAAGAUUUUGCGAUGAACCAAUAUCAAUCACUUCAGCAGCUUUCGGAGGAAACUCAUUCAUAGCUCAUAAACUCAAAAACGCUACAUCUAUCAAUAUAGAAUUUAACGCAAAGACGCUUAUUACUGACGGCCAAAUACUACACGCGGAUAUAGCGAAAGGAGUUUACAUGCAACUGUUCAUGAAUUCGGGAUUAUUGAAAUUCAAAUUUUCGUGCGGUUACCAAACAAUGUUGUUGAGUGAAUUGAAGACUUUUGUCAAUAAAGGGUACCCGAUGAAAAUUGAAACAAGGUUAGAUUUGUACCCGGAAGAUCAGCAUUGCAACGCGACUCUCCGUCUCAAUGACACAGUGGCCAUGAGUGGUGGUCAAGUAGCCAACAUAACCACAUUGGACCACAACUCGACACUGUAUCUAGGAAAUUCGAGAGAAGUUAAAGAUUAUGAGAGCAAACCUUUCAUUGGAUGUAUUAGAGAUCUUAUUGUGAACGGUGAGAAACGUGAAGUAUUCGGCGAUGCUCUAGAUGCGGGUGAAGUAACGGAGUGCCUGUCGCUCUCGUGUCUGUCAGGGCCGUGUCUGAACGGUGGGACCUGUAGCGACCACCAUGACGGGGGAUACACCUGCUCCUGUGCCAAUGGAUGGCUUGGAGAGCAUUGCAAUGAAUCCGUUUGCGAGAACAACCCGUGCCAAUCUGGAGGCAGUUGUGUUCGACACCCGGGCAGUGGAUUCCUCUGCCUUUGUCCAUACGGGAAACAUGGCAUCUUAUGCGAAUACAAUGUAGAGAUCACCCGCCCAUCUUUAGCUCCAAUAAGCACUGGAAUAUCCUCGUACAUAAUGUACGCAUUAUCUCCUGCCGCCAUGAACUCGGAUCGUUUCGACCUGCGCCUACGCUUCCAGACCUCGGACAUGGACCAAAUAGCUCUGUUGGCGUUCGUGGGCCAAAGUGGACGGCAUGACUCGAGGAGCCAGCAUGUGGCCUUGACUUUCGUCAAAGGAUACGUCAUGCUUACUUGGAAUAUGGGCAGUGGUCCUCGUCGUGUAUUCACAUCCCGCGCACUGAGCCCGCGUCGCGGCGGACACGCGGUCCGCGUGUGGCGGCGCGGACGCUCCGCGGGGCUGAGCGUGGACGGCCGACACAACGUGUCCGGCAACGCGCCCGCACACAGCUCCAAGAUGACACUACUGCCGUAUAUAUUUAUUGGAGGUCACCCAUCCCCCGAGUUCGCGGAGCUGCCUCACGACCUGCCCCUGCACAGCGGCUGGCGGGGCUGUGUUUGGGAGGUGGGGGGCCAGGCCGUGGGGGCGGGGGCCCGGGCUGCCGGGGGCCGGGGGGUGGGGCAGUGUGGCGUCGCACAGUGUACUGCUAAGUCCUGUAACGCACCACGAGGUGUUUGUAUACAUUCGCCGGCUACUUAUGGGUGUAUCUGCAACGAGGGAUGGUUUGGCGCAACUUGCUCGAGCAGCCACAACCCGUGUGACCGCUCGGCGUCCAAAUGUCAGGGACACUGCGUCAUCAGCACCGACGGGAAUACGCAGUGCGACUGUCCUUAUGGGAAGACUGGGGUGUAUUGUGAGCAAGAACUAUUCCCUACGGACGUCCUCUUCACGGGUACCAGGUCCUACGUGAAGCUACAUCCUCGCACCAUAUCCAGUGUGAGCCUAUCAUUGGAGGCUGAAGUCAAGCCGGCUAAGGAGCGUGGCUUACUGAUGUUUGUUCAAACGCCGCACUUCUAUACUGCUCUGUCGCUGCAGGGUGGCUUGCUGGAGUAUCGGUGGACAGAUCGUCUAUCCGGCGUGACAUCACUGGUCCGCAGCGGCGUGGUGGUGUCAAUGUCGCAGUGGCACAGCGUGAAAGCGGGUCGUUAUGGCAGUCGCCUGUACGUGUGGGUCGAUGGGUCACUCAGUACCGAAGCUAUGCUGGCUCAUGCUUAUCCUCAUACGGCUGGCAAUGCGUCGAUACUUCUUGGUGGAGCAAAAGAUUUAUCAUCACUGCCUUUCGAUGCAAUGUCUGGAGCUCCAGCACCAUACACUGGUUGUAUCAAAAAUCUUCACGUCAACAAUAUCCUUUUGCCGUUAGAACAACAGAAUAUACAAGAGGGUCGCAACCUCGCUGACUGUGACGGCACAGCUUGUGGCUCCGAAGCAUGCGGCGGUGGGGUCUGUGUACUAGAGCAGGGCCGUGCUCGCUGUGCAUGCGGGGCCGCCUCCAACUACGUGGGCACGGGCCCCCGGUGCAGACGUCAUGCGGCCUGCUCUCCGGCCUCCUGUGUGUGGCCAAGAGGCCGGUGUAGGGCUGGUCGCUGUGUGUGCGGCCCUGGAUAUGCUGGCACCUUCUGCGAUAAUAAGAUCGAAAUCAAAAUUCCUCAAUUCGACGGUACAUCGCUAGUCUCCUUAGGACGACAGCCAGCAGCCAGUCAUACGAACCAACAACGCAUUACUCCUUCACUUGUUCGGCCAAACUAUAUCGGACUCAACUUUACUACUGCUGAGCCAAAUGGUCUUCUGGUUUGGAUAGAUAUGGGUACCGACUACAUCGGCUUAGGUCUUGAAAAGGGUUUCCUGAGGCUAGUCUGGUCAUUCCAUCAAAACAACAUUAGCACGAACUACAUUAAUUCUGCUCGACCGACCAGAACUUUGUCCAGAUUGAUGCCUCAUGCAGGAUUCCUUAGUGACGCUGAGUGGCACGUUUUAAUACUAAAGAUGGACAAGAUUAAUAUUACAUUGACUGUUGAUAAAACACUGGUUUAUACAGAAGAACCAGGAAUGGUGAAUAAAGCUAAUAAUGUGGACGUGUUUAUUGGUGGUAUAUCCGACCAAGAAUACACAAUAGCUAAGAAAAUAUUUCCCCAAAACUUCAAAGGCUGCAUUGAUAACAUUUCUACAAAGGAGAAGUCUUACUUAACUAACUAUACUGAAGUGUACAGUGAAAAUGUGAAGUCGUGCCAACUGUUCCCACCAAUCUAGACAGGCUUUAGUAAUAAAUCUAGGUUUAAGUGAAAAUACUCAUAGUACAAAAACUAGUCUUCUUAUAGGACCAAAGUUGUGUCUUAUUUAAUAGCGGUAUUAUAGUUAUUACUUAGGUACUGAGUUAAUACACUUUGUAAUAAAUAGAUUGACCUGUCAGUGUUGUAAAAUAGACCGUAAUUAUGGAUGGAAUAUUGUUAUUAAGUUUUGUGGUAUGUUUUGUAUUGUCGUAGAAAAACAAAUUAAACAUUCAAUG